GUACAUUGUUUGUGGCCUUACAAAACACAGGAUGAACGGUUUUCAUCAAAGUACGUAACAAUACCUUUUAAAAAUGACCUGUAACACAGCAAUUGAUUAUGGCGACCAGGACGAAUGGACACCUUACGUGGCAUUCCCAGCGAAAGAACAAUUCUUCUCUCUUCCAAUAAAGCUCAAAGAUACAAUCCUAUCCAGAAACCAUUCCUGUGUAUCGCCUCUGAACGAAACUGUGUCCGUUUUCAAAAAACACUUACUCGUAACACUUAACCUCAGCCUUCCUGAGAGCCUGUGCGACAGUUAUUAUACAAAUGGUGAUACAACAGAAAGUUCUUGUUUACGUGGAAUAAACAGUUGUAUUACCUCAAACAAGAAAGCCACGCAAAUUUGGGACAAUCUUCGAGGAAGCUGUAGGAUAAAAUCAAGAACAAAAUGGCACGAUUCUGUUGAAAGUGAUUUCUUCUUUCGAGCUCUGGGAGUUGAAAAGUCAACCACAAGAGAUGGUCAUGUUGUUAAAGAUGAUCCUUUGUGGAAUUUACAACGGUGUACUUGCAAAGAAUUUAGGAAUAAUGCAUUUGAAAAUAAGAGAGCGUUGAAUGAAAUAAUAGGCGACGAAGAAGAAUGUAAUAGUCCUUGUCUGUGCCCCAGAUAUUUCAUCUCAAGAUCUGGCGUGGUGUUUGGCUCGUUUGAGGAAAAACAAUGUUUUGAUGCGAAAAUGGACAAGAUGGAAGCGGUUUUUAAAUCAGAACUAAAGACCAUUAAAGAGCAACAUGAACGACUGAAGGUGAUUUAGGUCACGACAUGUUGUCACGACUUUUUGCAAACAAUCUUUGCAGAAUGAAUGGAAACAGUGAAGAGUUCUCGGAUCGUUUGACGCGGGAUCUCGACAAGAAGUACAUUGCUGGCUUUUUACAAAUCGAUUAAUCGCAUCUGUUUCUUAAGCGUGAGCUAUUUAAAACGACACUACAAAACGAAAGCGAAAGAAAUUCCUGCUUUGUGUUCGCUUCGCAUGACAACUCAUUUGGUAUUGUUUGAAAGAAUAUCAAUUUACGGUAAUCUCAGUCGCUGUACAAUUAUUUUAUGUGAAUAAUAAUCAAUGUCAUCCAUAAGCAUGCAUUCCUACCAUUUUU